UUGCUGAAGUGCUCUUCUCUUCAGAGUUUGAACCUUUAUGCCCUUUCCACUUUAACAGAUGAAGCUUAUAAGAAGAUAUCUCUUUUGCCUCAUCUUACAUUCCUGGAUCUCUGUGGUGCUCAGAAUCUAACAGAUGAUGGGCUUUCUUGUAUAGCCAUGUGCAAAAACCUGGUGUCUCUCAAUUUGACAUGGUGCGUACGAGUCACUGAUGUUGGGGUCAUAGCAAUAGCUCAAGGCUGCAGCUCUCUUGAAUUCCUAAGUUUAUUUGGGAUACUUGGGGUAUCUGACAAGUGCUUGGAGGUACUUUCUAGCUUUUGUUCCGAUACACUUACAACCCUUGAUGUAAAUGGCUGCACCAAUAUAAAGAAUCGCAGCCGUGAUCAACUGCUUAAGUUAUUCCCCAACCUGACGUGCUUCAAAGUGCAUAGCUAAGUUGUCAUUUUGUCGAUGAUUUCAUCUGCUCUUCUCUAGUGACUAUCUCAGCUAGCUCAGAGUUAGUGAAAGAAACUGAUGCCAAAUGCCAAAUUGCUAAAGGAUACAAUGAGCCGUUGAUUUAUUACCAACAGGAGAAAAGGAACGAAGAGGGAAGUUUACCUGCUUAUACGAAAGAUAAAACAGGGUAACUUGGCAUGCUUUGGGUGCCACUUAGUGUAUCAUCUUUUCAUGGUGGAGAAUUUUUUAAUUCCUUCAUACGCUCACUCAAUAUGGUUAGCUCUUAUAUGAUCCAGGCUGAUGCAUUUUCUAUAAAUGUAUGUUCGCAGCAUGAAUUUAUGGCUUUUUUGAAUUCCUAAACUUUAAGCGCUUCGUGUAGCUACGCAUGUUUUAUGGAGAAUCAUGUAAUCUUGAAUUGGUCCAAUGUGUAUCAUACUCUAAGCUUCUUUUAUUUA